CGUCACAAUUCCUUGGUCAAAGGACUUCUUCCUCCCCCUUCGAGGCCGACCUCCCUAACGUCCCCUUCGUGAGACGUUAAUAACACUUGCCAUUGUAGCUGGCUCCGCCAGCAUUUAAUAUUUCCCACCAGCCUGUGGGCCUACUCUCUCAAGCGAACGCCGCAAGGUUCGUUUGGGCGGCAGUCAGUGCUCCGCAGUAGCUACAGUGCUCAUCUGCAGCAAACAUCUUGAUAUCAAAACGACAAGCUAUUUCCUAGGUAUAUUUUAAAUUGGCUGUUCGCCUCCUAGAACCCUAUACGGAGAUGGUCAACUUCGAGAUUCCUACCAACUAUACAUUUUCGCCAUCUGAGGGUACGCCCCAUUUGACUAUCAAUCAUAAUGUUGCUGCGGAUCUAGAUUCUUCCAGCGCCUUUGAAGGCCCGGAGAAAUUACUCGAGGUUUGGUUCGCUCCCAACCCGAAUGCCCUUCCACCUGGCGUCAAGCAAGAUGGUUUGAAGUCGGUCUCCAAUGACACCUGGGUCGGGAUGCUUGAUAUGGUCAACUGCAAGAUCCUCUCGGUUCUCGAAGCGGAGCAUAUGGAUGCCUAUCUGCUCUCCGAGUCUAGUAUGUUUGUGUUUCCUCACAAACUUAUCCUUAAGACCUGCGGAACCACGACACUACUUCUUGGCCUCCAUAGGCUCCUCCGAAUCGCCGCCGAGCACGCUGGAUUUCCUUUCCAUAAUGCCAAAUCCCUGGAUGACAUCCACGCAGCGGCGACACCUUAUCGAGUGUUCUAUUCUCGAAAGAACUUCCUCUUCCCGCAUAAGCAGCAAGGCCCUCAUCGCAGCUGGAAGCAGGAAGUCAGAUAUCUCGACGACAUGUUUGAAGGAGGAAGCGCCUAUAUGGUCGGGAAAAUGAACGGUGAUCAUUGGUAUCUAUAUAUCACCUCGCCGGAGACGACCUUGACGCCACCUCGUACGCCAGAGGCUGAGAAGCUGUCUGCGAAUCCUCUGAGUACGUUCAAGAUUCCUACUGGCAGAUCUUCCAUCUUCGGUGGCGGAUCAGAAUGUAACGAUGAAACCCUGGAAAUAUUGAUGACGGACCUUGACCCUGAGAAUGCGAAGAAAUUCUACCUGGAGCAAGCGAGUGCGGUCGCGAGCACCAGGCUCUCUGAACAAGCUCAGGAAGCGCGACAGUUUACUGUGGACUGUCUUGGGGACUUGUCUGCUAGUACUGCCACGAUCAAGACUACAAGCACGAUCGAGAGUCUUUACGACGACACGUUCGACGUGUUUAGCAAUGGAAGCGAUUCUGACCUGCAUGAUCCUCACACUCCACUCUCUGAACAAGUGGACCCUGAAUGUCUGACUACCGAAGGUCACGCGCUGGGGACCGUGGUUUCGGAGGCGUGCGGCCUUUCAGACGUUUAUCCUACCUCGAAAUACCCGGAUGCUCGUAUCGAUGCGUACCUGUUUACCCCAUGUGGUUUCUCCGCCAAUGGCAUCAUUCCGGCUCCCCAGAAGCAUGGACAUGAUGAGGAUGCUAAAUCGACCCAUUAUUUCACCGUGCACGUGACACCCGAGCCUAUCUGUUCGUUCGCCUCCUUCGAGACUAAUGUGCCCGGUGGCCAGAACGGACGUGAAACUUCAGAUAUCAUUGAGCACGUGGUUCGGAUCUUCAAACCCGGUCGAUUCAGCGUUACGCUUUUCGAGGCUAAGGCCGUCCGAAUGUAUGAUGAGGAGCUGGUUUCAACCGGAGUCGGCCGUAACAAGCGCGUUGAAAAAAUCCCAGGAUAUCGGCGCAUCGAUCGUAUUGUGCACGAUUUCGAUGACUACGAACUUGUCUUCCGAUAUUAUGAGCGCGAGGGUUGGGUCGGUGGGAGCGGACCCCGUGUUGGGGAGGACAUUUAAAAUCCUAUUCGGCUUCGACUUUUGGAUGCACUCAUUUCUUAUUCAUACGACUUUAUCGGCUGCGUUCUUGAAAUUCGAGGGUAGCUAGCAGGCGGAAUUGCGAGGGAGAUUGAUUAGAGAUGAUGGCGUGGAUGAGCACGGGGUUUGGAUAUUUUGUUUCGACAUAAUUCUUUUACUCGACUAGUUGAAGGGUCUCAUUACGUUGAAGCCCAGUACAUUCGUUUGACACCAAUCAAUCAAGGCCAUGAUUUGCCAAAUUCUUUCUUAACUGAAUGUGAUGGUCCUACUUCUUUCUAUUAUGGUGCAGGUUGAUAAAGAGAAGCUCUUAUUCAAAUCAACAACGCAUCUUACGUUGCAAACUUUGCUUAAUAAUCAGGUACCCACCAGAUGAAAAG